CCCGAGACAGCCUCAGACAGGUAGGACUGACUGGAGGAGCGUCAGUGUAAGCUUGACUGUGAAGGUGUUGGUGUGCCAUCCGCUUUGCGCCCAGUUGUCUCUUCACUCGUACCGCCUUCUGAGGGAAAUAGAAUUCGACAGCCAUCGGUUGAAGUCGGUUAGCCAGAACUGGGCUGAGACUACUACGCACACAAGGACAAAAGGUGAAGGUUUAUUCUGCUUGAUGUCUUGCUUGGCGAUCGUUCGUAGGAGCAAAAGAUGAGAGUAUCCGCCAUCGCCUUUGGAAGAAGCAAUUGAAUUGAACAGCCAAUAGAAACACACCCUACACUACUCGCCUGUUCUCGUUCGGUCUCCAGGAAUUUAUUUAGUUUCGACUGCUAAUUUGUUACAGCACUGCAAUGACCAUCAUGAGGGAAGAAGACUUGGAAAUUGCCAUCAAGGUGGUAAUCGUAGGCAACGGAGCUGUGGGCAAAUCCUCCAUGAUCCAGAGGUACUGCAAAGGGACUUUCACCAAAGACUAUAAAAAGACCAUCGGAGUCGACUUCCUAGAGAGACAGAUCACAACCAACGGCGAAGAGGUCCGCCUGAUGCUGUGGGACACGGCCGGGCAGGAGGAAUUCGACGCCAUCACCAAGGCCUACUACCGAGGCGCCCAGGCCUGCGUCGUGGCCUUCUCCACCACCGACAGGGACUCCUUCACCGCCCUCAAGAAGUGGAAGAAGAAGGUCGAGGACGAGUGUGGCAGUAUACCCAUGGUCUUAGUCCAGAAUAAAAUCGACUUGAUCGAUCAAGCUACUGUUAAACCGGAGGAGGUGGAGAGCUUCGCCCGUGACUGCCGCAUGAGGUUAUAUCGCACUUCUGUCAAGGAGGACCUGAACGUAGACCAGGUUUUCAAUUACCUUGUGGAGAGAUAUCUGGCUCUCAUCUCACAGCCCGAAGAUAUUUACACUUCUAAAGAUGUUACUGAGACCAUCUUCGGAAAUCCCGCCAAAUUAAAGAAGGGCGACACCAUCACUUUGAACGGGAAGAAAAAGUCUUCGAAGAAGCAGCUCAUCAAGAAUGCAUGCAAAGUCAUAUAAGAAUUUAGGGGCUUGUAAUGAAUGAUCAUGAAUGAAUUUCUGACAUGAUGUAAGUUUUAUCAACUCGGUGUGCUGUCAACCACACAUUCUAAUUGCACUUGGGGAAGUUAUUUUCUUUUCCUUAGGUACUGGAACCAUUUUUUUUUUGGCAGGGAGUGUUUUCUCGCAGAACUAUAACUGGUGGAAUUUUUUGCGUUAUCUUAUCAUACCUCUAACCAAGAUUAAAUUGGUUUCGAACUUUCUGGGCAAAGAAGGAAAAUGGCUUCAAAGGAAGUGAGGUUCCAGCUCUGAAACCCCUUCAAAGGUUAAGGUUUUUGCUAAAAUGAUAACAGGUCCAUCGGACGUUUGGAAAUUUGUUAUUGUUGUGAAUUCAGUUUCAUUCUUUGUCAGGGUUUUUCAUGUAAUUCUUCAUUAACUCACUGGUGUUCAUUGCCAGGUGUUUGCCCCAUGUUAAAUUUAUAUUUUCUCACCUUCUUUUCACGAAAAAAGAGAAACGUCAUGUCCUGUAAAGAAAAAUAUUUUGAUCUACCAAAGAGGUAUCAAUAGACAGCGUUGCAAGCCUUAUGAUAGAGCUGGAUGAGUCUGCCAUUUGCAGAGAUUGAUGUAUAUUCACAACUGUUCACAACCCAGCACUGCUGGGAGCAGUUUUAGUUUCUCGUUUACCUUCUGUUGAAGUGACAGAAAGAAUGGCCUGUGCAUUGGUGCUACAGAAGAUAUUAGGCCGCAAGGACUUUAGACCAAAGUAUGUAAAGAUAUGAUGAUGCUUUUGCCAACUGCUAAAAAUGUAACCUUUUUUUGCUGAGGUCUUUUCUUGUAGUGAAACUUAUCAUAAUACUGUAACUCAUAACUACAUCUGCCAUAAGAUGACUGUUCUUUAGUUUUCUGUGAAAUCAGAAGAGACAUUCUUAAUCCAUUCACCAUCUCUUGAUUUUAUGAGCUUUUAAGUUAGAAAUGUAUCGUAGAUUUAUUGUAGGCAUUCAUAGGUCCUCUUCUCAGACUAUGAAGUACAGUGAGGUUCACAUUUUCUAAGGCUCUGCUGUUGCGAUAGUACAUCUUUCUUAUUUUCAUGUUCUGGCAAAUGUUCCUGAAUGGGUGAUGUAGAUGUUAUGAAUGUUCUUUGAAAACGAGUGACGUAGGCGUUUUCGCAGGUAGCUACGUAGGUUGUAAAUUUGCUACGAUAGUUUACUACCGGCUUCUUUCAUACAGAGCUUAAAUGAAUAUUAAAUCCUACUGUGAUAGAUAACAGCCGUCCAUGAUUUCAACUCUUGAAAGGUGAUAUUUUUUAUGAAUCUGACAAUCCAGUAGCCUGAAGACGAAGAUUUCUAUGUGAUCUGUGGUUCAGUGAGUUGGAGGAGAAAUACUUGUUUUUAUGAGUGAAUGACUGAAGAAUAUAUGUUAUUAACGUGCUGAUUCAGGGUGCUGUUAUGGCAAGAAGUGUCUGAGAUCACAGGAUUUUUCCCAUUUCCUAAGCAGUUUUACCCAAACUCUCAAGGUACGCCAUUUUGUUGUCUUUUAAGUUCAUGAAGUUAAGAAUUCACGUGAACAAUUUAAAUCGUAAUUGUGCUUUUAAAAUCUAUGAAUGUGCUUUGUAAAACAUUGCAUAUAUUGUGAUAAAGUAUUUUGUUCCAAACAUAUACGUACAUCAGUAAACAUAAUUCGCUUAAAACAAAGUCCGGAAAUGUAACCAUAAGUAGAUACCUGCAAUGAGUCCCAUCCUUCGGGAAUGAAUCACAGACCACUAAAGUAGUAGGCCAAAGAGGAGCUGUUUUUUUUUUUUUUUUUUUUUUUU